GCGUUUUUCAACUUUAUAUAUAUCGUAGCGUAGUUGCAGAAAAUGGAACGGUGGCAACACAAUCUGUCCAGCAGAUUACAUCUUCCUUAAUUUGUAGUCUUGAGCUUAGUUUACUAAAUGGAUCAAAAGCUUUUAGAUGCGAUUGCAAAAGCUGAUAAGCGCGCUUUUAUGAGUUUAGUUAGAGAGAAUGAAGAAAUUAUUGAACAAAGAACAGCGAAUACCUUGCACACGGUAUUGCACCUGGCUUCAAGAUUCGGCCAUCUUGAUUUGGUCACGGAAAUUGUUAAGUUGCGCCCUGACAUGGUCACAGCUGAGAAUAGCAAGCUGGAGACUCCAUUUCAUGAAGCUUGUCGUCAAGGGAAUGUCAAGGUGUUGGUGUUGCUAUUGGACACUAAUCCGUGGGCAGUUAGUAAGCUAAACUCUGACCAAAAGAGCCCUUUUUUCAUGGCUUGUAUUUAUGGGCAUCUCAAUGUGGUCAAUCUUCUUUUGAGGAGGCCUUGGGUGCAGGGAUUGGAAGAAGAUGCUUCUGAUCAGAACUGCCUUCAUGUUGCUGUAUCAAAAGGCCACACAGAUAUUGUUAGGAAGAUUGUGGAAGCGUGCCCAAACUUAGCUCAAAAGGUUGACACCAACGGGUAUUCGCCAUUGCACUGCUCUUGUCAUAGAGGGUACUGGGAGAUAACAAGAAUGCUCUUAAAGCUUGAUGCAGAUCUUGCUCUGCAAUUCAAUAAUGAUGGUUACACGCCUUUGCACUUGGCUGCGAUGAAUGGCAACACGGCAAUUCUGAAAGAAUUCAUGUUAAUGGCUCCAACAUCUUUUCAGUAUCACACAAAAAAGGGCGAAACAGUUUUUCAUCUAAUUGUGAGAUACAACCACCACAAUGCCUUCUUAUUCUUGAUGCAAGUCUUCAAUGAUACCGAUAUCUUUCACUGUCCAGAUCAAUAUGGUAACACCAUCUUGCAUAUUGCGGUCUCUGGAGGGCACGAUCAGAUAGUGGCCUACUUGAUCAACAAAACAACAGUUGAUAUCAGUUUCCAGAAUCGUAAAGGACUCACAGCCCUUGACAUCCUCGACCAGGCAGGAGGAGGUUCCCGAAUUAAACUGAUACAGCAUCAAGUAGAGAAGAUGUGUGAAACCCCGGAUAAUAUCACAUCUGUGGCUGAAUCCUCCUCAAGGCAGACUAGCGGUACCAUAUCCAGUUCCCUUGCCAGUACGCUGACAAGUGUAGGACAACAGAAACAUCUCAGCAAAAGAAGGCAGGAAGAACUAACACAACUUUAUAGAUUCAACCAAAACAAGCAAGAUGUGGUAUACAAUGAGGCGGUUCAGAAUGCAAGGAACACAAUAAUACUUGUGGCUGUUUUGAUUGCCACAGUUACAUUUGCAGCUGGGAUAAGCCCUCCCGGUUGGAUCUAUCAGGAUGGAGUACUCAGAGGAAAGUCUAUCUUAUACAGAACAACGGCCUUCAAGGUAUUUGUAGUAAGCAAUCAAAUCGCAUUGUUCACAUCGCUGUGCAUCGUCAUUGUUCUAGUCAGCAUCAUUCCUUUCCAAAGAAAACCUCAGAUGAUGAUGCUGAAGGUUGCUCAUAAAGUCAUGUGGGUAGCUGUGUCAUUCAUGGCAACAGCUUAUGUUGCAGCGACAUGGGUCUACACCCCGCAUGGCAAGGGAACAGAAUGGAUUUUUGUGGUGUUGGUGUCGAUUAGUGGAGGAACUCUGGGCACAAUCUUUUUUGGUUUAUCUGUGAAGCUUGUUGAGCAUUGGUAUCUAAAAAAGAAAUGGAAAAAAGAUAGAAAGAAAGCGGGGGACCGGCUUGCAAAGUCACAUUCUUAUAAUUCUGAUCUUGAGAGUUCCAGUCGUCAAGGAUAUCACUCAUUCUGAAAAUUCUCACCAUGCCACUGACUGUAAUAGGAUAUAAGCUGUAGAUCAUAGCCCUGACAUGGUGGAUUUUUUGCAAUAUAUAUAUUUUUUUUAAAGUGCAACUGUAAUUCUCUGAGCCGUUGGAGCGGCCUCGCCCAAGCUCCUAAAUCUUGAAAGCUUGUUUCCGGGGUAAUUAAGAGUUUACGGGGCAACUUUCAGUUUACAUUAGCUAAUUUAGCAAGUGAAAAUAGUAUGCAA